AUUCAGUUUGAAUUUAGCGGUGCGCGCCAACGGCAGUAAGUGGCUCCGAAAGACAAUUGUCAAUAAGUGUACAACAACAAAGUAGCAGAAAAGACUAACGAAAUAAAUUAAUUUAACGAUUUGUCGUACUUAAAAGGUAGAGCCACUGUUCAAAGCGAAUUUGCGAGAGACCUUUUAUGAUGGAGCGCGUUCGCGCCUGAUAAGAGCAUAUACCUUCACAUGCUUCGGUCGAAAGUUAGUGUGUGCGAAACGUGAAAAAAUUUCAGUGAAAUAAAAAAACAAUUAUAACAAUAACAUAGAAAUGCAUUAAACGAAUGUAAAUAAACAAAAAAUACUAUAUUAAACGGUAAAAAAGAAAAGAAUAUUUUUGUUUUGAUAAUUGCCGACUACCUUAUCAAGGAAAGGAGUGUUAAUUUAUUAAGCCAAUAAUAAAAACAACAAAAUAAAUGCUUACUCAAUGAAAUCGACUGCAGAAUAAAUUAACAUCAAAACAAAAUGAGAUUUACGCAAAUACUGUAUGUAAUAUUUUUACUAAGUAUACCCGCUUGCCUGUCGCAAAACAGCGCGGAGAAUCUUGAGGAGAAGCGACCACAUAUUAUAUUUAUUUUGGCAGAUGAUUUGGGCUUCAACGAUGUUGGCUUUCAUGGUUCAGCACAAAUUCCCACGCCAAACAUCGAUGCAUUAGCAUUUUCUGGACUUAUAUUAAAUAAUUAUUAUGUAAAUCCGAUAUGUACACCAUCCAGAUCGGCAUUGAUGACGGGAAAAUAUCCAAUACAUACCGGUAUGCAGCAUACGGUGCUGUAUGGCGCGGAACCGCGAGGUCUGCCAUUGACUGAGAAAAUUUUGCCGCAGUAUCUCAACGAACUGGGUUACUCCUCACACAUCGCCGGCAAGUGGCACUUGGGUCAUUACAAAAGUGUGUAUACGCCUUUACAGCGCGGCUUCAAGACACACGUAGGCUUCUGGACGGGACAUCAUGAUUAUUUCGAUCAUACAGCAGUGGAGCAUGGAAUGUGGGGCUUAGAUAUGCGAAAAGGUAUGGAUAUCGGUUACGACUUUCAUGGAAAAUACACCACCGACAUAGUCACGGAAGAGGCGAUACGUGUGAUUGCCGCGCACAAUGCAACCGCACAACCGCUUUUUCUUUACGUCGCUCACGCGGCGGUGCAUUCAGCCAAUCCAUAUAACCCACUGCCAGCGCCAGAUGAAGCAGUUGCUAAGCUGGACCAUAUCAAAGAGAUGGGAAGGCGACGAUUUGCGGCCAUGCUUACACAGUUGGAUAACUCGGUCGGACUGAUCGUACAGGAACUACAAAAGCGCAAAAUGCUGGAAGACUCCAUAAUUGUUUUCAGCACAGAUAAUGGUGGUCCACCGGAGGGAUUCAACCUGAAUCACGCCUCAAAUUGGCCACUUCGCGGUGUCAAGAACUCAGUGUGGGAGGGCGGUGUGCGUGGCGCAGCGUUGCUCUGGUCGCCACGGCUGCAGAAACGUUCACGUGUAGCCGAACAGCGUAUGCACAUCGUAGACUGGUUGCCGACAUUGCUGAGCGCGGCAUCUGGCGGGCAAGCUGAGCAACUGCACAACGACACUGCAGCUUUGGAUGGCAUAAGCAUUUGGAAUGCGCUUACGCGUGAUGAACCCUCACCGCGUCGCACUAUACUACACAAUAUCGAUGAUAUCUGGGGCAGUGCAGCACUCACAAUGGGCGAUUGGAAGUUAGUGCUUGGCACUAAUUAUCCGUUAAUGUGGAAUGGUUGGUAUGGUCCGCCGGGCGAACGUAAUGCUAGUGCAUAUAAUUUGAAGAUGUUACAACGUUGUCCGGUCGGUCAUGCUUUGGCCAGCUUGAAUAUGACACCCAGUGUGGCGGAGGUAAUACGAAUGCGCAUGGCUGCGACGGUUAAGUGUGUGAUGGAGACACCGCCAAACAUAUGCGAAUAUAAGGAGAAGAAGCCGUGCUUAUAUAAUGUGAGAGAUGAUCCCUGCGAAUACUAUAAUCAAGCUGAAAAAUAUCCCAAUAUACUCAGGACACUUUUGGAUCAACUGGAGCAUUUUAAUAAGACUGCCGUACCUGCUUCCAACAAACCAGACGAUCCGCGUGGCGAUCCCCGUUUGCACAACUAUGUUUGGACAAACUUUGGUGACAUAGUGACAAGCCAGCAGCUUGCCGGAGAGCUUAAAUGAGCUUUUUAGAAAAAGUGCGUGAAAUAAAAAUAAAAAUCAUAAUAUUUUUUAUAAAAAUCGUCAAA